ACCCGCCCGCUGUCUGCAGGACUUGCCUGCCCGCUAGCACUUGGUCGCGCCGCGGGGCAGGCAUGGGAGCCCAGCGCGCCCUCCCGGCGUCCACACCUGUCUGAGCCUCGCAAAGAAACCCUGCCCCGGCGGGCAGCUCGGCGCGGUGAAGAGAUAAUCUGUCAUGCUUUCUUGUGCCUGAACUGGAAAGGAAGCAUUUUUCCAAGAGUGGUGCUCAGCAUGGCGGGGAUCCCAGGGCUCCUCUUCCUCCUCCUCCUCCUCCUCCUUCUCCUCCUUGGUGUUGUUGGGCAGGCAAGCCCCUCCGGUGCCCACUGGAAACCCACGUGGCCUGCUUACCGCCUCCCUGUUAUCUUGCCCCAGUCCACCCUCCACUUACCUAAGCCAGACUUCGGGGCCAAAGCCAAAUUGGAAGUGUCUUCCUCAUGUGGACCCCAGUGUCAUAAGGGAACUCCACUGCCCACUUACGAAGAGGUCAAGCAGUACCUGUCUUAUGAAACGCUCUAUGCCAACGGCAGCCGCACAGAGACGCAGGUGGGCAUUUAUGUCGUCAGCGGCGGUGGGGCCGAGUCUUCGGGAAAGUCUCGGAGGAAGCGGCAGAUUUAUGGCUACGACAGCAGGUUCAGCAUUUUUGGGAAGGACUUCCUGCUCAACUACCCCUUCUCAACGUCGGUGAAGUUAUCGACAGGCUGCACAGGCACCCUGGUGUCCGAGAAGCACGUCCUCACGGCUGCCCACUGCAUACACGACGGGAAAACCUACGUGAAAGGAACCCAGAAACUUCGAGUGGGCUUCCUGAAGCCCAAGCAUAAAGAUGGCAGUCGAGGGGCCAACAGCUCCAGCUCCGCGGUGCCUGAGAAGAUGAAAUUUCAGUGGAUCCGAGUGAAACGCACCCAUGUGCCCAAAGGUUGGAUCAAGGGCAAUGCCAACGACAUUGGCAUGGAUUAUGACUAUGCCCUCCUGGAACUCAAAAAACUUCACAAGAGGAAGUUCAUGAAGAUUGGGGUGAGCCCUCCCGCCAAGCAGCUGCCAGGGGGCAGAAUCCACUUCUCUGGUUAUGACAAUGAUCGACCCGGCAAUUUGGUGUACCGUUUCUGUGAUGUCAAAGAUGAGACCUAUGACCUGCUGUACCAGCAGUGUGAUGCUCAGCCCGGGGCCAGCGGGUCAGGGGUCUACGUGAGGAUGUGGAAGAGACAACAGCAGAAGUGGGAGCGAAAAAUUAUAGGCAUCUUUUCAGGGCACCAGUGGGUGGACAUGAAUGGUUCUCCACAGGAUUUCAAUGUCGCUGUUAGAAUCACUCCUCUCAAAUAUGCCCAGAUUUGCUAUUGGAUUAAAGGAAACUACAUGGAUUGUAGGGAGGGGUGACACAGGAGCCCUUCCUGCUGCACUUAAAGGUCUUCAUGGCCUUAUUUUAGCAGAGGCCAAAUUGUGUCAUUGGGGUGUGUGUGUGUGUGUGUGUGUGAUGUGUCAUAAUGUCUUUUACCUAAUUUUUUAAAUUGCAAGAUGACUGGCUUUAUUAUUUGAAAAUGGGUUUGUGUAUCAUAUCAUUUAAGCAGUCUGAAGACAUCCUUUUGCAUAGAAAAAAAAAGCAUACCAAUGUUUGGGGCAAUAGGGACUCAGUAGCCAUUAAGUUAACCUUUUACUUUUUGAGAACUUUGAUUUUUAUUUCAUCUGAAGUUGUUUCAAAGGUUUAUAUUAAAUAUGCGGCAUAUAGGAGAGAUAAAUUCUCCUGUGUGUAUAUGUGUGUAUUUUCCCCUGAGAGCCCUCUUAUUUUUUUUAAAGGCCUAAUCACUAAUGUUUUCAGGUUGCAGUGUUCCCAAGCACAAAGAACUGUUCGGGACUUCCACAAUACUUCAGAGACAGGCAGUUACAGUGUUUCAAAUUUGAGGCAUUUACACAGUAGUCCUUGAUCAGCAAAAUAAUUUGUUGACUAUUCUGGUACACAUAUUAAACUAUAUUUUACAGUCAGUCAGUUGGUCCCAAAGCUGUUUUUAGUUUUGAAACAGUUUCCCUUCCAAAGACGGUUGCUCUCCUUCUGGGGAAGACUUUGCAUAUGGUUCUGCCAGCUUUGCAGUCACACCAGUGUCGGCAAGAUUGUUUAUGCCAGCCCUUCCAUUUCAUGGGAUUUCACUCACAUUUCUUGAACUAGCUGUUUUCCAGGAGACAGUAAUCAGGGCCUAAUUAGAACAGGCUGUGGUGCUUCCCAGCUAACAGUGCGGUCACACUAAAAACAAUCAUUGCAUUUUACCCCCGGAGGGUAGCACAUCUCGUGUUUUAUCAUUUGGACGGAGUAAUUGAAAAUGAAUUGAAUUCCAGAGAACAAUGGAUGCAUUGCUUGGCAGAUGUCACGACAGAAGAACCGCUUGUUCGGAGCCUGGCACAGUCACACAGUCUAAUCAAAGUCGUUCUGCACGGCUUUUGGUGCGCUUUGGGAGCUGCGCGCUGGUGCAGUUGGGAGACUUUUCUCUCGUGCUUUACUUACUUUAGAAUAAAAAUGUUUGGAAGGUGCUUUAAGAAAAAAAAACACGGCUUUUUUUUACUAGCUACAAAGGGGCCUGUUUUACAGGAAUAUGCUAAGCUACAGGCACAUGUAAUGAAGUAUGGUGGCAACAGGGACAAGCGGGAGAAUGCGAAGGGAUCAGAAUCACCACUCCAAUAAGUGCCUUUAUGAACGUUCAUCAACGUGGCAAUCACUGUACGUGAAGGAAAGAGUCUGACUUAUGUUUUCACUUUUUGCCUCUCAGCCUGAACACUUCUUUUUAACUGUAUUACAAACGGGUUACUAGGCAGGGGUUUGCUGUCCCCGCACCCCGGGGAAUUUCGGCCGGCCUUGUGACUAUCUGAGAGGACAUUUACGAGCAGCACUGACGCCCACCCCUCCUCCAGGGGGCUUUGGCUUGGGUGUCUCUUGAGCUUUCUAGACGGGUAAUCCUGAUAAGGUGCUCAAGAGUACAACCCGCAGUGCUUUCUUCAAGUCUCAUAAGAAAUACUGUGGCAUAGCAACGAGACUCAGGGCCGCCAGGAAUCUCCUAAGUUCCAGUGCAGUUGCUUUGGAAUCUAGCAAGAAUCCAGCCUGAGGAAGAAGAGCGGUCUCCAUCUCUCUGUCUGGUAUGUGAGGGUUCUGUUUGAUUUUGCUUUUGCUUGCUGCAAAAAGAUGUCCACUGAACACCUGGAAUAGAACUGAUUUUUU